CAGUCGCUCCCACGGCCGCCUGGCAUCUUCUACCUGGGCCACCGAAAAGGAGUAGAAAAACCGAGGAAGGGAGAAGCAAGGGAAAGCACAGUGAAGCAGAGGACAAGCUGGAGUGGCAUUGCUAUUUAACCUGAAAGUGACCAGGAGCUGAGGCUCGAACCCCUUACUUACAGCAGUGCCACUGUCGCCUGCUAGGAAAGCACGGCACCAAGGAACCCCCAAGUCCCGCGCCCAAAUCAGUUUGUGCCCGGGGUUCCAGGAUCUUUCUGGUGGGGGCAGCUUCGUGCCCUCUGGAAAUUUCGGACCUCUAGGGACCUGCAUUGGCACCCCCAUCGUGGUAAAGCAGGAAAAGUGGGGGCGAGGAAAACAGCCCUGAGAAUUGGGUGCGAGGCCAAGCUGCCGCUGCAGCCCGCUGCGCCGACUCCAGCGGGCGCUCGGCUCCUGCGCCUUCACUUCGCGUUUGAAUCUGGCUCGCCCCUCCGUAUUAUGUCUGCACUCCGAAGGAAAUUUGGGGACGAUUACCAGGUAGUAACCACCUCGUCCAGCGGCUCGGGCUUGCAGCCCCAGGGGCCGGGCCAGGGCCCGCAGCAGCUUGUGCCCAAGAAGAAGCGGCAGCGGUUCGUGGACAAGAACGGCCGGUGCAAUGUACAGCACGGCAACCUGGGCAGCGAGACGAGUCGGUACCUCUCGGACCUCUUCACCACCCUGGUGGACCUCAAGUGGCGCUGGAACCUUUUCAUCUUCAUCCUCACCUACACCGUGGCCUGGCUCUUCAUGGCGUCCAUGUGGUGGGUGAUCGCCUACACUCGGGGUGACCUAAACAAAGCCCAUGUCGGCAACUACACACCCUGCGUGGCCAAUGUCUACAACUUCCCCUCUGCCUUCCUCUUCUUCAUCGAGACCGAGGCCACCAUCGGCUAUGGCUACCGCUACAUCACUGACAAGUGCCCCGAGGGCAUUAUCCUCUUCCUCUUCCAGUCCAUCCUCGGCUCUAUCGUGGACGCCUUCCUCAUUGGCUGCAUGUUCAUCAAGAUGUCCCAGCCCAAGAAGCGUGCCGAGACCCUUAUGUUUAGUGAGCACGCGGUGAUUUCCAUGAGGGACGGAAAACUCACGCUUAUGUUCCGGGUGGGUAACCUGCGCAACAGCCACAUGGUCUCUGCGCAGAUCCGCUGCAAGCUACUCAAAUCUCGGCAGACACCUGAGGGUGAGUUCCUUCCCCUUGAUCAACUUGAACUGGAUGUAGGUUUUAGUACAGGGGCAGAUCAACUUUUUCUUGUUUCCCCCCUCACGAUUUGCCACGUGAUCGAUGCCAAAAGCCCCUUUUACGACCUAUCCCAGCGAAGCAUGCAAACUGAACAGUUCGAGAUUGUCGUCAUCCUAGAAGGCAUUGUGGAAACAACUGGGAUGACUUGUCAAGCUCGAACGUCAUACACUGAAGAUGAAGUUCUUUGGGGUCAUCGUUUUUUCCCUGUAAUUUCCUUAGAAGAAGGAUUCUUUAAAGUUGAUUACUCUCAGUUUCACGCAACAUUUGAAGUCCCCACCCCACCUUACAGUGUGAAAGAACAGGAGGAAAUGCUUCUCAUGUCGUCCCCUUUAAUAGCACCUUCCAUAACUAACAGCAAAGAAAGACAUAAUUCUGUGGAUUGCUUAGAUGGACUAGAAGACAUUAGCACAAAACUUCCAUCUAAGCUGCAGAAAAUUACUGGAAGAGAAGACUUUCCCAAAAAACUCUUGAGGAUGAGUUCUACAACUUCAGAAAAAGCCUACAGCUUGGGAGAUUUGCCCAUGAAACUUCAGCGAAUAAGUUCAGUUCCGGGUAACUCAGAAGAAAAACUGGUAUCUAAAACCACCAAGAUGUUGUCUGAUCCCAUGAGCCAGUCAGUGGCUGAUUUGCCACCAAAGCUUCAAAAGAUGGCUGGGGGAGCCUCCAGGAUGGAAGGGAAUCUUCCAGCCAAAUUAAGAAAAAUGAACUCCGAUCGAUUCACAUAACAAACACCACCGUAGGCAUUAUUUACUAUUUGAUUUAGUAAUAAUCUAAUAUUUGGCUGAUGAGGUAAUCCUCUCUAAGGAAUCUGAAAAUUAAAUUCCACCCCCCCGAAGUCAUAUAUGCUUACUUGAGAACCUUUUCUUCCCAAGUCUUGCUACUGUGCAGAAAGCAAAGUUGUGAAGGGAGAACAUCAUAAGGAAAUUCUUAUUAACGGGCAUGUAUUAUCACAUCAUGCAUGCAAUAAUGUGCAAAUUUUGCAUUUAGUUUUAUGGCAUGAUUUAUAUAUGGUAUAUUUAUAUUGUAUAUUCUGGAAAAAAUAUAUAUAUAUAUAUAUAUUUAAAGGAGUGGUACUCUCCAUGACAUUUCUAACAUACAUAUGUAUUAAGCCAAACAUGAGUGGAUAUUUUUCAGGGCGAUAAAACUGUAUAUAUGUGUGUAUAAGUAUAUACAUAUAUAUUUAUACACACACAUAUGAACAUACACACAUGCAUACAUACAUAUAUAUCUGAUAAAAUUGUGAUGUUUUGUUCAAAGUUGUAGUUCUUGUGCAUGUUUAUUUAUUAUGCUAGGAAGGCUACUGGCAUUAAUUAUUAAUACCAAAUAUUUUAGCCUUAAAUUAUUUGUCAUUUUAAAAUCUGAUUUAAUGUUUUCUGCUGUUUAAGGUUGUGGAAAGUUUUCAAUUGUAUUUUAUAAAAGGGAGUCCCACAAGUCUGUGCUAUUUAUGACCCUGCAAAAAUGUAUUUAACUCAUAAGUUUUAGAGCAUAUCAAUAUGCUGAAAACUUUUAUAAUUUUUGAAACUUGCUAGUACUGGGGGGAAAUAAACAUAGAUUAAUUUGGGAAUUGGUCCUCUCCUGGACUAAUUAAAUUCUGGAUAUCUGUUUUGUAUAUGAUCUAACACAAAUACGAGCUCUGAACAAAUGCUGAGUCAUUGUGAUAGUCAGUGGCCGAGUUAUGUUGAAUAUACAAGAGCCUGUGUGAAAUUACACAAUUAACGGUCCCUGUUUCAAAAUCAUUCAGUUUUUAUUUUGCUCUAAAACUUCUGUCAUUUUAAAAACCAAUAACUUAUCUUGAGGAGAUAUAACAGUACAAUGAAACAAAUGGUAAAUAGUUAUGCUUUAAAUAUGUAUGUCUAAUCAAGUCUCUUUUUUUCAGAGCUUUUUAAAAAAUUUUAUUUUUCAUCCACAAUUUUCACUCAACACUUUUUUUGUAUUAGUUUCAGGUGUGCAGGACAGCAGAUGGACAUUCAUACAUGUUACAAAGUGUUCCCUCCAAGUUUCUUAUGACUUUUAUUUGUUGUAAUAGGACAGCCUUUAUUUUCUCCCCUGCAGAACCUAUCCCACCCUUCACCUGUCACUUGGUUCAGGAGGAAUGUUUGGUGCAUACUGGAGAGAAUUUCAAAGUAAAUGAAUUGAAAAUAGUUUACUCAUCCGUGGGUUUUUUGGCUUUUUUUUUUUUUUUACUGUUAUUAUUUGGUUGGUUAAGCACUGAUUUUAUUAGUGUGUUGGAUCCCUGGCCUACCAAAAUAAUUUUAGCAGGACUAUUUUUUUAACACUAAGGUUUUAUAUUUAUGAUUAGUUAGGAUAUCAAAACUACUGCUCAGUAGAACACCUACAAAACAAAUAUUUGGAAUGCAGAGAUUUUUAUGAAAAUUUACAAGUGCUUCUUAUCAGAAUAUCAUGGAUUUUCAUAUAAAACUGUUGGGAUCAUUGCAAUCCAAGUCUACCCAUAAUGAAUCUAGCUAUCCACAGUAAUGUGUAAAUCCUUGAUGGUUGGUUUGGGCACUCAUCAUUUCCCAUUCUUAGCAAUCUCGUAAUAAUUUCCUUAUUGGAAAAUUGUUACAUCCACAAUUCUCGUAUUGACUACAAUAAUAUCUUCUGGCUACCUCUGUAUCAACCAAAUUCUGUAGGUGCAAACAUAUACCAGGGAAUUGUUGCUGGCAAAAUGAGCAUCCAUCCACUGUGAACAGAGCUGGUUGCCAUGACCCUUAAUCUCCAAACUUUCCUUUUUGCUAGAUAAUAAAAAAGGAAAUAGUAGCAGAAAGAGAAGGGAGUCCAGGGGUCAUAUUAUAUUUAUUACCAGUGGAAGAAAUUGCAUAGAAUAUUUAGUCCAAACACUUAAAACUAAAUAGAGCCAUACUUUAAUUUGGAGAGUUAUUUUGUCUUUGGUACCAAGGAGAAUAUGGGCCCAAAAGUAAACUCUCCAAAUGUAUUCAUUAAUUCAUUUAACAAUUUUUUGCAUGUCUUUUAUGGCCCAGGCAUUUCUAGCUCCUGGGGGAUUUGGGUAUGACUAAGUCAAAGGAGGUCACUGCCUAUUUGAACAAUGCAUAUCAGUAGGAGAAUGGGAGGGGACACUGUGAGAUAGACAGAAGUACCAAUGAGAUGAUUUCAGACAGUCAAGUUAGAAGCUAAAGGAAGAAAAACAAGGUAACAUGAAAAAAUGACUGGGUGAUAUAAAAACAUUAUUUUAGAACAGGUGACUGGUUUAAGGAGGGGGUGAUACUUAAAGACCUGGAUGAUGAGAAACACCGUUGUCAAAAUUAACAUUUCUCAAUGAAUGCUAUUCCUUUAUUUUUAGCACAUGUGUAUAGGAAAGGUAUGAUUCCUGCAUGUAAUUGCAGUGUAACCCCUAUUGCAAAGUUGAUCAUAGGACCCAGUUUACCCAGGAGAGUUCCGGUUUUCCCUGUUGUGCCUGUGUAAUUAUUACAGCACUCCCUUUCACUCUUAGAGCGUCUUGGUUUGUAUAUUUUAUGGUGACUUUAUGUUUUUGUUGAAACUAACUAAAUUAUAAAGUCUAAUAUAUUUGGAUAAAAAUAAAGAAUUGUUUUCUUCUC